AUGAGACCAGGAAGACUAGGUAAUGCUGCUGCUGCUGCUGCUGCUGCUGCUCCUGCUGCUGCUGCUGCUGCUGCUGCUGUUGGUGGCUGUGGUGGUGCUGCUGCUGCUUUUGCUGUUGGUGGUGGUGGUGGUGGUGCUGCUGCUGUUGUUGUUGUUGUUGUUGUUGUUGUUGUUGUUCGACUAGGUAAUUCUCCUGCUGCUGCUGUUGGUGGUGGUGGUUGUGGUGUGGUGGUGGUAGUGGUAGUGGUGCUGUUGCUGCUGCUGUUUGUGGUGGUGAUGCUGGUGGUGGUUGUGGUGGUGCUACUGCUGCAGCAGCAGCAGCAGCAGCAGCAGCAAACAGCAGCAGCAAACAGCAGCAGCAGCAGCAGCAGUUUGGGGUGUCUCUAG